ACUCCCUCCUCCUCCUCCUCCUCUUCCUCCUCCUCCUCUUCUAGCCUAACACAUUAAAACAUAAAGACUCUCCACUCUCAGCCCACUCCCACAUCUACAGCCUCUAUCCACGGUUCUUCUCCUCUCUCUUGUGUGAUUCAUCCUGCAAACUAGCCAUCAUGGUUUCCCAUAAGGAGUUCGUGGGUGCCGGAAAGCAGCCGGGGCUGCAGGUGUGGCGUAUCGAGAACCUGGACCUGAAGCCGGUUCCCAAAGCGCUGCAUGGCAGCUUCUUCACCGGGGACGCCUACCUGCUGCUCUUCACCACCGCGGCUCCUUCAUACAACAUACACAUGUGGCUGGGGGACGAGUGUUCGCAGGAUGAGAGUGGAGCGGUUGCCAUCUUUUCCACACAGCUGGAUGACUUCCUGGGUGGCGGGCCUGUGCAGUACAGGGAGCAGCAGAACUGUGAAUCCAACACCUUCUUGGGGUACUUCAAGUCAGGACUCAAGUACCAGCGAGGGGGCGUGGCCUCAGGUUUCCAGCAUGUGGUGACCAACGACAUGAACGUGAAGCGCCUGCUGCAUAUCAAGGGUCGGAGGGCCAUCAGAGCAACAGAGGUGGAUAUGUCCUGGGCCAGCUUCAACAAGGGAGACUGCUUCAUUGUUGACCUGGGCAAGGACGUCUAUCAGUGGUGCGGCAGCGAGUGUAACCGCUUCGAGAGGCUGAAGGCCUCCGGUGUCGGCAUCGACAUCAGAGAUAAUGAGAGAAACGGCAGAGCCAAACUGCACAUGGUGGAGGAGGGGGAAGAGCCGGCGGCAAUCAUAGAGGCUCUGGGGCCCAAACCCACCAUCGCACCCUCGACUGCGGAUGAUGAAAAGGUGGACAUCUCCAACAAGAAGAAGGGUGCCCUCUACAUGGUGAGUGACAUCUCUGAUGCCUCUGGCGCCAUGAAGGUGUCGUCCGUGGCUCCGUCCAGUCCCUUCAAACAGGCCAUGUUGUCUCUCGAGGAGUGCUACAUCCUGGACAACGGGGUGGACAAGAACAUCUUUGUUUGGAAAGGUCCCAAGGCCAACAUGGCAGAGCGUAAAGCAGCCAUGUCAGCGGGCCAGCAGUUCAUCAAAGACAAGGGAUACUCCAAUAAGACACAGAUCCAAGUACUUCCUGCGGGAGCUGAGACGACCAUGUUUAAGCAGUUCUUCAGUGAUUGGCAGGACAAAAACCAGACCACAGGCCCCAGUAAGGCCUACACCAUCGGCAGCAUAGCCAGAGUGGAGCAGGUGCCCUUCGAUGCCAGCUCCCUGCACUCCAACAAGGCCAUGGCAGCCCAGCACGGCAUGGUGGAUGAUGGCCAGGGCAAGGUCCAGAUUUGGCGUGUUGAGGGUGACAAGGUGCCCGUGGAUCCUUCCAACUACGGUCACUUCUACGGUGGAGACUGUUACCUCAUCCUCUACAGCUACAGACUGGGAGGCCGCGAGCAACACAUCAUUUACACCUGGCAGGGGCUGAAGUGCACACAGGAUGAACUGGCAGCUUCGGCGUUCCUCACAGUGAAGCUGGAUGACUCAAUGGGAGGAUCCCCGGUUCAGGUGAGAGUGACUCAGGGCCAGGAGCCUCCACACCUGAUGAGCCUGUUCCAGGGCAAACCCAUGAUCAUCCACAUCGGGGGAACGUCACGCAAAGGUGGACAGUCGCAAACUGGCAACACUCGCCUCUUCCACAUCCGCCAGAGCUCAUCCGGCGCCACCCGGGCCGUGGAGGUCGAGGUCUCUGCGUCCAGUCUGAACACCAACGACGUGUUUGUCCUGAAGUCCCAGAGCGCCUUGUUUGUGUGGCGGGGCGUGGGUGCCAGUGACGAGGAGAUGGAGGCUGCCAAGCAUGUGGUGGGCAGCCUGGGUGGCAGUCCCAGCCAGGUGGCAGAGGGCAAGGAGCCAGCUGAUUUCUGGUCUGCUCUCGGUGGCAAGAAGGCUUAUCAGACCUCCAAGAGUCUGCAGAACACGGUCAAACCCCCACGUCUGUUCGGCUGCUCCAACAAAACUGGAAGACUCAGUGUUGAAGAAGUACCAGGGGACUUCACUCAGGCAGAACUGGCCACUGAUGAUGUCAUGCUCCUGGAUACCUGGGACCAGAUCUUCCUUUGGGUCGGCAACGAGGCUAAUAAAGAGGAAAAGACCGGAGCUCCCAAAAUAGCAAAAGAUUACGUGGACUGUGACCCGUCUGGUCGCAGUGGACUGCCCAUCACCACCAUCAAACAGGGAGCAGAGCCUCCGACCUUCACUGGCUGGUUCCAGGCCUGGGAUCCCAAGAUGUGGGAGGUGGAUCCAAUGGACAGAAUCCGUGCCCGUUUCAGCUAAAGGCUCUCUCUCUACCAGUCUGACUCCUUAGCUGUCCUGCUAUUGCCUAUUUUUGUUUAUCUUAACUCCAGUUCCUAAGUGCCAAAACCAAUGUUCUCACUGUUUUAUCAGGUUGAAUGGCUGCCUCAAGCCUCACGGUAUGCAGCACAUCAGACUUUAUAAACAGGAAUGCAUCACAUCAGUGGUCAGAUGACUUCCUGUAGUCUUUAAUUGAUAGAAGUGGUUUAUUGAUCUGUUGCAUCCAACAGCUUGUCGCCUAUAGAAAAAAUAGGAAAUGAAGCCAUUUUAGACAUAUCCUGUGUUCCUCUCUGCACCAUCAUGCUUUUCCUUUCUGUCUGUCUUCACAGUCUUCAUAAUGCCAGACAGAACUAGUUUACUCCAUUGCUACGCCGUGUCUACAUGGGUUUUGUUUUAGGAAUAUUGUACACUUACUAGACAAUGCAUGCUGCAUUUUUUUAUCAUAUUCUUUGCUUGUGAAUUUUAAAAGGUGUACAGCGGUAUGUGCGCGUGUCUGUUUGUUUUUAUUACUUGACCCUGAAAUGCUCAAAUGGAUGGCUUUUAAAUAAAACUCCCAGUAUUUCAAA